AUGGCUGACUCUGUUGAAAAGGCAGGUGAAUCAUUAAACGAAAUGUCUCAAAAAGCUGACGCAGAAUUAAGUCCCGAGGGUAUACGUUAUGCACAUAAUUUAAAAAAUUUCUUGUUGACUUUGAGAGAAAAAGAAAAAAAACAACGAAUAGAAGAGGGAUGGGGUGAUGAAGACGGAAGAACACUGACUAUAUGGACAUCGCCACGUCGGCGUUCAUACCAAACUGCGAAACCUUUUGAAGAUGAAGGUUAUAUUGUGAAACAACGGACGUCAAUGGCGGAAAUCAAUCUUGGGGAAAUAGACGGGCUAACGGUUGAUGAAAUAAAGGCUAAAUUUCCCGAAGAAUAUGUAAAACAACAACAGGACCUGUACUACCAUCGGUACCCGAGGGCUGAGUCUUACCAUGAUUUAGCUGUCCGCCUUGAGUCUAUAAUUCUUGAACUUGAGCAUGAAAAAAAUGAUGUCUUAAUCAUUGCUCAUGAAACGCGAUGUUUAAUAAUCAAAUCUACUGUUAUUAAACAGGAAAUACCCAGAAAUGUUAUACCUAAAAACUAUUUGAUCGAAAUUAUUCCCUCUGCAUACGGGUGUAGGGAAACUCGAAUGGAGAUUGAAUAUACCGUGAAUCAAAUUGUGCCUUCGUUAACAAAAUCUAACUCUAAUGUUUAG